GAAAAAUGUGGAGUGGAUCCCUGAACAAACAGUACCUGCAGGGACAGAGCCUGCAGUGGUGAAUGGGGAAGCACCGGCAGCAGCAACACGGCGCCCAGGACCGCGGUGGUUACUCACUGCUCUUCUGCUUCCAAGACUUUAGUAGUCCUUCUCUGCAGCUACCACCUCAACAUGUCCUUCACUGGAAAAUAUGAAGUUGAAUCCCAGGAAAACUUUGAAGCAUUCAUGAAACUUAUUGGUGUUCCAGAUGAUAAAAUUGAAAAGGGAAAGAAUGUUAAAUAUACCACAGAAAUUGUCCAGAAUGGAAAUGAGUUCACCUGGUCUCAAAUCUAUCCAGGACAUACAACUACCAAUAAGUUUGUUGCUGGACAAGAAUCGGAAUUGCAGACCUUGAGUGGCAAGCAGUUUAAGACAAAUGUAAAAUUUGAAGGUGGUAAGAUAGUUGUGGAUUUCCCAAAUUACUAUCAUACUUCAGAGAUUGUUGAUGGGAAACUUGUUGAGACCUCUGUAUCUGGAGGAAUCACUUUCAAGAGGAUCAGUAAGAAACUGGCAUAA